AGUCUCUAGGACUCAAUAUGCGCUGGCAUACUUCGCCUGCUUCUUCCGCCCUCGCUGCUGUGCGACUCGCUGCGCCAGCAGUUGCUGCUGUCCAACGAUUUGAUUUGGACAUUGUAAACGCUCAGCUAGCACCAAAUGGCUUUAGCCGUCCGACUGUCGUCGCUAACGGUGGAUUUCCGGGGCCACUCAUUACCGGAAAUAUUGGAGAUCAAUUCCUGAUCAACACCACUGUCAGCACAACUGAUACAACGAUGCUGAGGGCAACGUCUAUCCACUGGCAUGGUCUCUUCCAAGCCCAUACGAACGAGAUGGAUGGGCCUGCAUUUGUAAACCAGUGCCCGAUUAUUCCGGAGCAUAGCUUCUUGUACAAUUUCUCGGUUCCAGGACAGGCCGGAACAUUCUGGUACCAUAGCCACUAUUCUACACAGUACUGCGAUGGAUUACGCGGAGCCUUUGUCAUUUAUGACCCGAAUGAUCCUCUUGCUAAUAUGUAUGACAUAGACGACGCGUCAACCGUCAUAACGCUUGCAGACUGGUACAACCAGAUAGCUCCCGAUCUAUUCCCCAACCACGGGAACGCGACUCCGAUACCCGACUCCACAUUGAUAAACGGGUUGGGUCGUUCGAGCGCUGGAGGUGACCUUGCUGUUGUACGUGCUCAACCAGGCAAGCGUCAUCGGUUCAGGCUCAUCAACACUGGGUGCUUCCCUCCAUACCAAUUCUCGAUCGACAAUCAUCGAAUGACCAUUAUUGAGGCAGACGGCAUUGAACACGAGCCUCUCACCGUUGAUCAAUUAGAAAUUCACGUCGCUCAACGUUAUUCAAUAAUUGUGACCGCGGAUCAGCCAGUCGGUAACUACUGGAUCCGAGCAAUCCCAGUGUUCCCCACGGAGUCCAAACUUCAAGGAACUCCAGGUGGAAUUAACUCAGCUAUUCUUCGUUACGAUGGUGCACCCGACGAAGAGCCUACUACGAGUGCACAGGCGAAACCUGUAGUUAUGAAUGAAGCGGACCUUCAUCCCCUCAUUAACCCGGGAGCUCCUGGUCCACCGGUGCCGGGUGGAGCAGAUGUGAAUCUCAGACUGCAGGUCGGACGUUCGCAUGCGGAAUUCAACAUCAACGGUAAUACUUUCGUCCCACCGAGUGUACCUGUUUUGCUCCAGAUUCUAUCUGGCACAACGGACGCCCGCCAGCUUAUGCCCCAGGGCAACGUGAUUGGCCUGCCUCCAAACAAGAGUAUUGAAAUUGUCGUUCCAGGACGCAAUUUCCACCAUCCAUUCCAUUUGCACGGACACGCGUUUGAUGUCAUCCGCGUUGCAGGUAGCAAGACAUACAACUUUGCCAACCCAGUGCGCCGCGAUGUCGUACAAACUGGUCAAGGUGGGGACGAAGUCACGUUCCGCUUCUUCACGGACAACCCUGGCCCAUGGUUCCUCCACUGCCAUAUUGACUGGCAUUUGGAGAACGGCCUUGCAGUCGUUCUGGCUGAAGAUCCUGGCGACACUGCGGCGGCGGACCCUCCAGGCGUCGACUGGCAACAGUUGUGCCCAUUGUACGAUGGAAACAACCCCGACACUUCCAUCCUUGCUCACGGUUGAAAGCAUCGAGGUUCAUGCCAGAUGGAUCUGAACGUACAUCUGUUAACUUUUAAUUUCAACACUUC